AUGAAGAUAAAGAGGUCAUGGACACAACAAACAAAAAUUGUGAUAUCCGUCGCUUUGAAGACAGCGAGCAAUGGCCACAUAAUCCACAAUACGGUUGCUGAAAUGGAAUACAUGCUUGAAUACCACGAAAUUGAUUUUGAUUCGGUGAUGGAGAUUAUCGAGCAGACUUCUGAGUUUGUCGCACUCACUAUUCCGAAGCUCGAUAAUCCCACAGAUACAGAUCUUAAUAUAACUGUUAAGAUAUAUGAUCACAACUUAGACGCUUUCCGCAGAAUUGACCUAGACGCUUAUACAAUCGAGCUUCGUGCAAACCGAAGAGAACCUAUCCCUAGCGAGAAAGAUGAUUUAUGUCCAAUUUGCUGCAAAGAGUUUGGCACAGAGGGAGAUAUCAACUCUUUAAAUUGUGAACAUUCCUAUCAUCAUCAUUGCAUCUUGGACUGGGUUAAAAAAUCCUUAACAUGCCCAUAUUGUAAGGCAAAACUUGCUUAA